AUGACGGAAGAAGAUAUCGACCAAUCGUUGUUCGCCACGUACCCGCGAGUGAGUACACAAGCAGCCAGGGACAAGGUCAUGCUGAAAGGUCACGGGAGUUUUCUCCCCGUGCUGACCCAGGACCUGAAACUUCAAACCUUGUUCAUGUACCAGGUGGCGGCUGAGGUUCUAACCCAGGCCGGGAUAACAUUUUUCCUGUUAGACGGGAACCUGCUGGGGUUGAUGCGCCACCGUGGGUUUGUUCCCUGGGACGACGACAUCGACAUCGCUCUAAGCAUCAACGACUGGAGCACCACACAGAAACUCUUCUCCUGUAUUCGAGGAUUCAACUUCGUCCCUUCAAACAACUUUCACUGGAAACUUUUUUUCCCAGAUCGGAAAUUCCCGUUCUUGGAUAUAUUUUUCUACGACAACGAUUCCAGCUAUCUCUGGGCAAUGACAGAAUAUUCACGAGUCACUGUGGUAUAUCCCACCCACCUCGUCUUCCCCCUGAGCACGUCCAUGCUAGAGGGCGUGGCCGUGCCCGUCCCCCGGGACAGCCUGGGUAUCGUCAGGAGGAUCUACGACUACGUCACGAGCCACGUCUACAAUGGGCACGUGCAGACGACCAUCCAGAUGGUCAAGAAAUUCCCACAAGCUUACCGUCUUAGAGAGGUCCCUUGUCAGAACCUCAGCUACAUGUACACCAUGUAUAAUCUAGACACGCCCUAG